AUGGCGUUACUAUGUGCUGGAUGCCUACAAAAAAUCGCUAAAACACAGCAGUUUCUCUCGUGCCCGCUAUGUCACGAGAAUUAUGACUUAGAAUGCGCUAAUAUCACUCCGCAAAAAUUCAAAUUAAUGUCAAAGGCACAGAAAACAUUAUGGAAUUGUCAGUCCUGCCGUUGCAAAACCCCAAAAUCGGAUAACAUUAACACACCAAUACGACCUCAACAUUUUCCUUCCUCGUCGGUCAACAAACCCUCAACCGAGCCAAUGCGACAAAACACAGUAUCUAGCAAUAAAAGCGAUGCUGAUAACUUCGACGAUGAAAGCAUCGUGGAUAACACACAAACUCCAAACGAAAACCUGAAAAAUUACAAUAUUAGUCUGCAAAUAUUGGAUAAAAUGUUAAAUGAUAGGAUUACUAGUCUCAAAAAUUAUUUUGCUAAUGACAUUAAACGCAUUAUAUCAGAGGAAAUAUCAAAAUUUAUGCUUGGAUUGAAUUCUGAAACCAUGGAAAGUACAAAAACACACGACCCCCUUCAAGAGAAUACGUCUAUAAUAAUUUCUGAAAUAAAUAGUAAGAUUUGUACUCUCGAAAGGGAAAACAAAAAGCUAAAAACCGAACUUCUAGAGCUAAAAAACGUCUGCAAACUACCAAACAUUGAGAACAAAAUCUACGAAACCAAAUUAAAUGAUACAGGAACAACAACAAGAAAAUUGUCAUAUAUGGUUUAAAUGAAUAUCAUUCAGAAACGGAAGAAUAUUUGCAUUACAGAAUUUCAACAAUGAUUCAGGAAAUAUGUGGCAUAAAUAUCACAGGUUAUGUGGAAGAAAUAACCAGAAUAGGUAGAAAGGGAUAUCGAAGACCUGUGAUAGUCGAUUUUUUAAGCAAAAGAUUACCUAAGCAUCUGCUCCAAAAUCAUCAAUUGUUUCAAAACACAGGAAUAUCAAUAUCAGAAUACCUUGACAGAGAAACUUUCCUCAAACGUAAGAAGCUCAGUGAAAUCCUUACAGAAGCAAGGCGAAAUGGACAUCACGCCGUAAUUAGGAACAAUAAAUUAUUAAUCAAUGGAAAGGAGGUUGAUAAAUCGCAGAACGAAAAUUUAUAUACAAAUUACAAUAACGAAACGUUGCCAUAUAAUAACAGUGAGUAUUAUAAUACAAAUUUAAGCAACAGAACAAUGAUUCGCUCAUCUCAGUCAGAAAUUCAGCAAUUACCAAACUAUAAAUCCAGGUCAUAUAAUCAUACAGAACAUUCAUUUCGCGAACAAUUUUAA